CCUGCAUUUAUUCCCCCCUACCAACACAAUGAAAUAACCGGACUAUAUAUAUACAUAUACACAAAUAUAUAUAUAUAUAUCGUUAUGUUUCAUUAAAGCUCACUUCACUCUCAUCUGGGGGAUUGUUUAAUGCAUUAAAAACCCAAUAAUUAAGGUGUUAUUUGCGCUCAGGAUGGGGUGCACAGGGGUGAGGUCAUUGUGGAGGGAAACCCUGUGGAUGCUCGACUAACGCUCCCGGGCUCUCUCCACUAACCGUCCGGCGGUUGGGGACUUAACGGUUGCUAACCUCCCGCCGCCGCCACGUUGUGACGUCAACCUCAUGUGAACGUGGACAGCAGCAGUGGCUGUCGGCACGAUGGGGCUGGACUUUGACGUGAAGACGUUCUGUCACAACCUGCGGGCCACCAAGCCCCCCUACGAGUGCCCCGUGGAGACCUGCCGGAAGGUCUACAAGAGCUACAGUGGCAUCGAGUAUCACCUCUACCACUAUGACCACGAUAACCCGACCCCUGCGCAGACUGUGCCCCAGAAGAAGAGGAAGGGACGGCCUCCACGCGCCUCCCUGGCUGGGUCAGGGGACACGGACGACGGCGGGGGGAACGGAGGUGGAGGGCCGGGGGGGAACACGCCGGGGAGCCCCAACCGGUCAGAUCACUCUCACUCCCCGGGCAGAGAGACAAUGACCUACGCUCAGGCCCAGCGUAUGGUGGAGCUGGAGUUUCAAGGGCGCAUCCACCGUAUCAGCAUCUUUGACAACAUUGACGUGGUGUCAGAGGAGGACAGUGAUGCGGAGGAUGGUCCUCCGUCGGGUACGGGUGGCAGCGGUGGAGGGGUGUGUAAUGGGAGUGAUGGCGGAGGGAGUGAGGUGGGAGGCAGUGGCAAGGACCGGCCAGAUAUCCCAUCCUCGAACGGCGGCAAAUCCACCCCAAAGUCGGGGAAGCAUAAAAGCAAAGAAAAGAAGAAGGACGGCUCGUCUCAUCAUCACAGCGCUCAGUCGGGACCCGCGGUCAAGCUCCCUGAGGCCGUGUUCAGAGAACUGGACCAGGAGAGACCUGAUGCCCCCCCUCGACCAUCAUCUUACUACAGGUACAUUGAUAAGUCCGUGGAGGAGCUGGAUGAGGAGGUGGAGUACGACAUCGACGAGGAAGACUACAUCUGGCUUGACAUCAUGAACGACAAGCGGCGGCGUGACGGCGUGACACCCAUCCCUCAGGAGGUCUUUGAAUACCUCAUGGACCGCUUAGAGAAGGAGUCCUACUUCGAGAGCCACAAUAAGGCCGACCCCAGCACCUUAAUCGAUGAAGAUGCCGUCUGCUGCAUCUGCAACGAUGGGGAGUGUCAGAACAGCAACGUGAUCCUGUUCUGCGACAUGUGUAACCUGGCGGUGCACCAAGAGUGCUACGGCGUGCCCUACAUCCCGGAGGGCCAGUGGUUGUGUCGUCGCUGCCUGCAGUCUCCGAGUCGAGCCGUGGACUGCGCUCUCUGUCCCAACAAGGGGGGCGCUUUCAAACAGACGGACGAUGCGCGCUGGGCUCACGUAGUGUGUGCUCUCUGGAUCCCGGAGGUCUGCUUUGCUAACACAGUCUUCCUGGAGCCGAUCGACAGCAUCGAGCACAUUCCUCCCGCCCGCUGGAAGCUCACCUGCUACAUCUGCAAGCAGCGUGGCUCAGGCGCCUGCAUCCAGUGUCACAAAGCCAACUGUUACACCGCCUUCCACGUCACCUGUGCCCAGCAGGCGGGCCUCUACAUGAAAAUGGAGCCCGUCCGAGAAACGGGGGCCAACGGCACCUCGUUCAGCGUCCGCAAGACGGCCUACUGUGACAUCCACACGCCGCCGGGGUCCGCCCGACCUCUGGCAGGAGUGGGCGGGGCCAGCAUGGGUUCGUCUCACAGUGACGGAGAGCUGGAGGAGGACGACGAGCCCAGCAUCUGCCAGGAUGACGACUCCAAGGGCUGGAGCUCCGAGCGGGCCAAGAGGGCGAAGGCCAAGUCCAGGAUGAAGAUGAAAAGAGCGAGGAAGAUCUUAGCAGAGAGGAGAGCUGCAGCGCCUGUGGUGUCCGUGCCCUGCAUACCUCCACAUAGGCUGAGCAAAAUCACCAGCAACUUGACGGUACCCAGGAAGAGCCAGUUCAUGCAGCGACUCCACAGCUACUGGACCCUGAAGAGGCAAAGUCGUAACGGCGUCCCUCUGCUACGCCGACUCCAAACCCACCUGCAGUCCCAACGGCAUAUCGAGCCCCUCCCACCACCGCCGCCAUCGCAGCUCCCACCGGUGACUUGUGCAAUUAGGGACAGCGAGGAGAAACAAUCGGCACUGAAGGAGCAGCUGAAGGCGUGGCAGAGGCUCAGACACGACCUGGAGAGAGCCCGGCUGCUGGUGGAGCUCAUCCGCAAGAGGGAGAAACUCAAGAGGGAGACGAUUAAAGUGCAGCAGAUGGCGCUGGAGAUGCAGCUGACUCCCUUCCUGGUUCUGUUGAGGAGUACGUUGGAACAGUUACAGGAGAGAGACAUCAACAACUUUUUCACCGAGCCGGUUCCGCUGGCAGAGGUGCCGGACUACCUGGACCACAUCGACACCCCAAUGGACUUCCAGACCAUGUGGAACCUGCUGGAGUCCCAUCGCUACCUCACCUUUGAGGCCUUUGAGGCAGACUUCGGCCUCAUCGUCAACAACUGCCUCAAGUACAACGCCAAGGACACCGUCUUCUACCGUGCCGCCCUGCGGCUCAGGGAGAUGGGCGGGGCCGUCAUAAGGACCGCCAGGCGCCACGCCGAACGGAUAGGCUUCGACUACGAGGCCGGGAUACACCUCCCACGAGAGCCGAGCCCGGAGAGUCAGCGUGACCUAGACAGGGACAGAGAGAGGGACCGAGAACGGGAGCGAGAGAGAGAACGUGAGCGAGAGAGGGAGAGAGAACGGGACAGAGACAGAGAACGAGAACGAGACCGAGACCGGCCGCUGUCCUCUAAUGAAGAUGAACUGCUCCUGCCAGAGAACCGGCGGCGGCUACCGCUGGAGGAGCAGCUGCAUUACCUGCAGGCGCGUCUCGACGAGGUCAGCUCGGGGAAGCACAGCAUCGGACAGUCGCGGAGGGCUAAAGCUCUGAGGAAGGAGAUCAGCGUCAUCAAGAGGAAGCUCGCCCACCAGCGGGAGGGAGGCUCCGGCAUGGGGGGCCGGGAGUCCGUGGGAGGAGGGGACCGGGGUUCCUCCCUCCCCCAUCACCCGUCCUCCUCAGGACACCACGAUGAAGGGGGAGAAAGCAGCAGCCAGGAGAUCGGUGGAAAAGAAAUGAGUGUCUCCUCGUCCGCCCUGGCUCCAGAGGUGGGACGUCGGACAUCUGUCCUCUUCUCCAAGAAGAACCAAAAGAUGGCCGGACCCCCCAAAAGGCCAGGACGCCCCCCAAAGAACCGGGACGCGGGCUACGCCGGGUCCGGGUUGGGCCAGAGCCCCAUCGGUCCCCCUCAGCUGCCCCUGCUGUCGCCGAGCCGGCAGAGGAAGAGGCCCCGCAGCCCCCGCACCAGCUCCAGCUCGGACAGCGACAGCGAUAACGACGACAUGCUGCCAGGUUUGCCAAGUAACGGUUUCGACGGAGGAAACCAGCCGGUAACGGAGAGCUUCCGUGUUUACAGGAGCGAGUCUCGUCUGCCUCGCUCCAGCUCGGACUCUGAGUCCACAACCAGCAGCAGCAGCAGUGCAGCUUCAGACCGGACCAGUACGACCCCCUCGAAGCAGGGCAGAGGAAAGGCCUCGUUCUCCCGCUCCAACUUCCCGGAGGACAGCAGCGAGGAGACGUCGGGCACCGAAAAUGAUUCCUACUCAGUCGGAGGAUCGCGGAGCGUUUCACAUUCUUUGGAUCUGGUGUGGGCCAAGUGCAGAGGCUAUCCCUCCUAUCCUGCUCUGAUAAUUGACCCGAAGAUGCCCAGGGAGGGGGUGUUCCACCGAGGCGUCCCGAUACCCGUCCCCCCUUUGGAUGUGCUGAAACUAGGGGAGCAGAUGACCCAGGAGGCCAGGGAGCACCUGUUCCUGGUCCUCUUCUUUGACAACAAAAGAACAUGGCAGUGGCUGCCGCGCUCUAAGCUGGUGCCGCUCGGGGUGGACCAGGAGCUGGACAAGGAGAAGAUGCUGGAGGGCAGGAAGUCCAACAUCCGCAAGUCGGUGCAGGUGGCCUACCACCGAGCCAUGCAGCACCGCAGCAAGGUGCAGGGAGACCCCAGCAGCGAGACCAGUGACAGUGACUGAGAAAAGAAACAAACACACGCAACUCACGUGUCGGCGUUUCUCCAUCCAGAGCACAUCCCUCCAUCACAGAUCACAAAGAAACAGUGCCAGUAUCACAGAGUGGGGAGAAGGAAAAAAACAAAAGAACAUCCACUACAUUGGCCCCCUGGACACACACGCAUCAUGCACACUAAGCCGUAUUUAAUCUGACAUGUAAAAUAUUGUAUUUAAGAGAAUUGAAAUGGAAUUAAUAAUAAUAAUAAUAAUAAUAAUAAUGAUGGAAAACAAAAUAUGCUAUGUUUGGAAAUCGCCAAUCAAAAUGUUCCUGGUAUAUGUGGUGGAUAUGUUUCAUUAGAAAUGAGAUGACGGUUUACAGACUGCAACAAAGGAACACAGUGUUGCGCUAACUCUCUUGUAGUUUUUUACACAUUUUACAUUGGAACGGGGGAUGCACGUCGUGUACGUCAAUUGCACACACUGUGGGUGUGGCUGGGAACUCCGUUAACCCCAACAAAUCUUCACGUCUAUCAACCACCUCUACAAAAACACAACAAACAGGCCUGGUGCUCGUGUCCAGUCAUCCGGCCUUGGAGCACAACGAGAGACGAUAUUGUUAUUUAUUCUGCCUACUCCUUCUUAACACGGUCCACAAGCUCCCCUUUUUUUAUAUCAUGGACUACUUCUAAUCACUCCUGCUGCACAAGACAUUGUGCGGUCCUCUUUGUCACUCUGCGUUCAUCAUGUCUCGCUGUUUUUACAGUUUCUUUUUUUUUUUUUUGUUAACGUACGUCUGUCACACAGGCCGCCGGUCAACGAAUAAUGAGGACUAAACUGAAACACGUGAUCGCCUCACGGUCUUGUCUUAGAGACUCAGGCUAAUGGCUUUAGAACUUUUUAUAUAUACAGAUUGCAUAAAGAAUAGAAGUUUAAUAAAAAAAA